GCAAUCAUUUGUUGUAAUUUCCAGUGUGUUUUAGGUUUAAUUUAUAAGGGACAAUAUAUAAAAAAAUAAUUAAAUCGGACCCCACCCUAUUUCUAUUAGCGGUAUGCAGAUUUUACAUAACUACGCAGUUACUUCCCUUCGGACAAACACGAUCGAAUUUACUACAGUAUUUUUUUAACAAUCCAGCAACAAUCCUCGCAAUUUGAAGCAGUAUAUAUGGUAUUCAGAAAUGCCUAAAAGGAAUGGGUGCUGUCGCCAGGCUAUGCCAAAUGAACAUUUCUUGUCCGACAAGGGGAGGCAUCGCCAGUCAGAAGGAUGGCUGACAUUCUCACCCUGGAUGUUGAUGAAGAGGAGAUCAAGCAAUGGGGAUCGGUGCAUCCAGAGGUGAUGGAGGGGGCGCCAGGAAUGAAAUUUAUUAAAUUCAUACCAAAUAUGGACUGCCCUGCCUGCCUUGACACUAAGACAUUUGCAUCGCGACGUGACUUUGAAGAACAUUGGGCGCGAACGCAUCACAGGGUGCAUAAAUCGUUUGCUUGCCCUGUAAAGAAGUGUCUUGAUUGUCGUUCUUCACUAAAAAGUUUAAAAUACCAUAUUGCGCACAAGCAUUUAAAUUCAAAUGUUAUUACCGCUCAGGUUGAUAAGCUUUGCGCAGAUGUGACUGUUGAAGUGGAACGAAAUGAAAAUUUCGUUGACCCUGGGGUUUACUGUUUGUCCUGGCAGACAUGGCGACCCCGGGGCAAGAGGGCGGGUAAGAAGGGGAAAUCAGCAAAAGCAUCUUCCUCUUGCUCUGCCCUGUCUGUCCAAACGUCACAGACUGUCACGGAACCUAAGAAAGAAUAUGAUUCAGUUCCUCUCAAAUGUUCACUCCCAAAUGUGCCAUCUGUGUCAGAUCUGCAGAUGGAAAUCGCAGCUCUAAGAGAGCGCAAUACUGUGAUGCAGCAGGCUCUUGCCGCUCACCAUGGGGCACACUGGCCUACCUGCCUGGAUAUUCCCACAAACAGGCCCCAGCUUGAUGAAUUUAUCGCCAAGGGCUGGGAGGCAAUGGCCGUGCUACAGUCUGCCGAGGGUAGGCGAUUUCAGCAGCAGCUUGACCAGCGUCGCGCUGCUGACGCCUUCAUCCGAGGUAUGGCACAUGGCAGUGGCAGUCAGCCGGCAUAAUAAUGUGUCUUGGAGAGGAAGUUUCCUUCUAAUUUUUCUUGUAAUUUCUUUUUAUGAAGGCUCUUAUCUUUUCUUUCAUUGAUCAUCUUAUGUUUUCUCUCUUGAUUUCUUUGAGAUGUAUUCUUGUGUUCAUUGAUUCAUGUGGAAAACAGCCAGACCCAUAUCCUGGAAAAGGACAGAACAUUCUAUUCAAGAACUGUGUGUGAAGAAACUGAACUGUGUUUUCAAGAACCAAAGAUUGUGUUUUUCACAGACUGAUAAUUGUGCUUCACUGACAUAUUUCCUGGUGAAGAAUUACCUUAUUAUAAUAAUAAGAAUGUGUUUUCAUAUCUAAGGAUAUUAAUUCUUGGAUUUCCAUUUCUUGGGAUACAUGUAAGUAUUAUAACGGUGUCCAUUGAUAAUCAACAAGGUAAGAAGUUAUAAUUGAAUGUAAAUGAUGUAAUAUAACAUGUAAUAAGUUGAAUUAUUGUUAUUCUUGCACAACAAACCCUGUUCUUUAACUGCAGUUGUAAGGGCUAACUGCAAGAA